AAUGCUACCUUAAAAGUCACUGCUUGCAAAACGCCUCACCUGCUUAAGGUGGAACUAGCUGUUGGGCCUUAACGCCUGCCUCCGUGCUGAUGUCAGUUGCUAAGGAGAGAGGGGUGUAACCACGUAGGUGUAGUGAGUGUUACUAGUGGUGCGAGGGAGGGAGAGUCCUGUCCAGGAAACCAAGCGACGCUUGGAGGAUGGCGUGGGUUAGGAGGAGGGCGUCUGGGUGUGCGCACCCUGAAUGGGGAAACUCUGUUUGACUAACUGAGGCAGAGGGAAGGCCCAGCAGGCCCGCACCUGGACUCACCUGUGCAGAAGCACGCGCCAUUUGGCCUCAGAAAAGAGGGCGCUGGAGGAGCUGAAGGGGCGGCUGAGAGAAGCCCCCGAGGAACUUAAUUGCGCCCUGGUCCAGACGAGGCCUCCUCCGUGCGUGGCAGGGCCAACCCGAGGAAGAGCCACCAGGCUGUGUGAAUGUACCCUUGAACCUUGCCCAGCUGCCGCUACCAUGCAGGAAAAUAACUUCUUCUUGUCGGCUCUGCAGCCGGAGGAUGGGGUGUGCUCCUUGGCGCUGCCUUCGGACCACCAGCUGGACAGGAAGAACAGGGAAUCGCAGGAGAGCGAGCUGCUCAAGAGUGCCCGGGUGCAGGAGCAAGUCCGCAUGAGGAUGCUGCAGAAGAGCCACUCGGGCCCCAGGACCAACGGAGCGGCGAUGUUUGACUGCGCAGAGCUGAAAGGUGGAAGCUCCUCCAAUGGCCAAUACAGCACUUUGCAGCCAUCGUUCAGCUCCAGAUCCCAAACCAAUGGCACAGAUCACAAAGGCCCUCUGUACCAGCCAAUCGAAAAGAAAGGUUACAGCACCGUGAAGUCUAUGAACUGGUCCUCCCGCUCAGCAGUGGACCUCAGACCUAACAAGAGAGUGGCCGCCAUCAGCAAUGGCACAGGGCCAAAGGGCCCAGCAUAUGGCACAAGUUACGCCUUCUCUCAAGCUGCCAGCUCCGCUUCCCGCCCCAGGUCAUUUCAUGAGCGGAACUACCGGCCCCGUCAGAACUAUGACACCAUGUCCCUGCACUCCUUGCGCCUGGCGGACGGGCCAGCCAGUCCUGGAGGUGCAGACGACCACUACAGCAUCGUCUCUGAGCAGUUGGACCCACUGGCCCAGGCAGCUCUCUACAAAACCCGAGGAGGUGUAGGAGGAGGAGGAGGAGGAGGCGCCUUCAGCAGAUCCUACGCUUUUGAAAGGCAGAUGAGUGCUGGCUCUAACGCUUGCCCCAGAGGGCCCGUCGACUGGAUGGAUGGUUUGGAGGCCCCCCAGAACAGGACUGUCAUCCGUGCCCCAGCCAUGCGCACCUUGCAGCGCUUCCAGAGCAACAACCGCUCCCGCUUUAGCGCCGGCUCCUUCAGUGGCACCCAGGCCUCUCAAGGAGGGGUUGGAAACUCCUAUGCAGGAAUGAUGGAACGCAGUUCUCGCGCCCCCUCUGUGCGCAGCUUGGUGGACUCCAACCACCACUUGCAAGACCUGCGUGCCAUCGACAUGUACGAUGGCCACAACACACUGAUGAAUCAGCAGUCCUUCUCCGGCGGGUUUGAUGACAUUGACCUGCCCUCUGCAGUGAAAUACCUGAUGGCCAAUGACCCCAACUUACAGGUGCUUGGAGCUGCUUACAUCCAGCACAAGUGCUACAGUGACGGUGAUGCCAAGAAACAGGCUCGCAGCCUCCAGGCCGUGCCCAAGUUAGUGAAGCUCUUCAACAACCCCAACCAAGAGGUGCAGCGCCAUGCCACUGGGGCCAUGCGCAACCUCAUCUACGACAAUGCUGACAACAAGCUGGCGCUGGUGGAGGAAAAUGGGAUCUUUGAGCUGAUGCGCACGGUCCGCCAGCAAGAUGAUGAAUUGCGCAAGAAUGUUACAGGCAUCCUCUGGAAUCUGUCUUCCAGUGAUAACCUCAAGGACCGCUUGGCCCGUGACACCCUGGAGCAGCUCACGGAUCUGAUCUUGACCCCUCUGUCUGGUUCAGGCAGCGCUGCUAUUAUCCAGCAAAAUGCCUCUGAGGCAGAGAUCUUCUACAACGCCACUGGCCUCCUCAGGAAUCUCAGCUCUGCCAGCCAGCAAACCCGGCAGAAGAUGCGCGAGUGCCACGGGUUGGUGGACUCCAUGGUCAAUUACAUUAACAGUUCACUAGAAGUGGGGAAGUCAGAGGACAAGAGUGUAGAGAAUGCCGUCUGUGUGUUGCGCAACCUCUCCUACCGCCUCUACGAUGAGAUGCCUCCUUCCUCACUCCAGCGGCUGGAAGGCCAGAAGAGGAGCGAUGGGGUGACCAUGACGAGCGAGCUGGUGGGCUGCUUCAGCCCUCAGAGUAGGAGGGCCCGUGAGCUCCACAUGAACUCAGAUAUUGUGACUUUCACAGAGGUCUCUAAGGAUCCCAAGGGGAUGGAGUGGCUCUGGAACCCUCAGAUUAUAGGAGUCUACAACAAGCUGCUGCAGAGAUGUGAGCUAAACAAGCACACCACAGAGGCAGCCUCUGGGGCGCUUCAGAACAUCACCGCAGGAGACCGGAGGUGGGCUGGUGUCCUCAGCAGAGUGGCUUUGGAGCAAGAGAGAAUCCUGAACCCGGUGCUGGACAGAGUCCGCACAGCAGACCACCACCAGCUUCGCUCGCUGACGGGACUGAUCCGCAACCUGUCCCGCAAUGCACGCAACAAGGAUGAGAUGUCGACCAAGGUGGUGAGCCAUUUGAUUGAGAAGCUCCCAGGGAGCCCUGGAGACAAGUGGCCCCCAGCAGACGUGGUGGUCAACAUUAUCGCGGUGCUGAACAACUUGGUGGUGGAAAGCCCCAUCGCUGCCCGUGACAUCGUCUACUUUGACGGCCUACGCAAGCUGUUCUACAUCAAGAAGAAAAGGGACAGCUCAGACAGUGAGAAGUCCUCCAGAGCUGCUUCCAGCCUCCUGGCCAACAUGUGGCAGUACAGCAAGCUUCAUCGGGAUUAUAAAACAAAGGGCUAUCGGAGAGAGGAUUUUGUUGGCCUGUAAAGAAAAGGGCGUGCAGAAAAUGGACUGUCCAGCCGCACCUCUUGUCCAUGAAAUUUGUUUGUGAAGCUCUAUUAUGGACUGCAGCUCUUCUUCAUGAAACUCCCUCCUUGCAGCUCUCUCUUUUUAUAGAUGUCCGGCCACUUUGGCUGAUGUGCCUUAUUUUUGCAUUUAUUAUAGUUUCUUUUUCAAGCCUGCUAAAAGGUCGUCUUCCUCUGCUGGCCAUCUUAUCUUAUAAAAACAUCUUAACUGAAAAGAUGUGAGUCAGCGUUCAGGCAAAUUCUCAGGACUCCUCCAGUCAGCACAAAACUCUCCUCCUUAUUCACAGUGUGUACUUGGAUGCCCACGGAUCCCCUCCGGUGAUUCUUUGGAAUUCAUGGACACUGAUGUCACAGCAUGACUUCCAGACCUGGUAAAGGAUACUGGAGGAAUGCUUAGGAGGGCCCUUGUACCAUUCAUGGGUACUUCCAGCUGCUUUUAUGCUUCUCUUUCUCUCUCCCUUCCUAUUGCUCAUGCUUUCCCACCCCCUAUGAAUCCCAGAAAUAAUUUGUUUGCUUUUAACUUCAAAAGAACUAGGAUAUCUUAUUUUGAGGCAUAAAUAGAUUUUCAUGGUAAAUAUAACCCUCCACAUAAGGCACUAGGAAAAGGUCCACUUGGUUCUCAAGGUACUGGAUCCAUUUGUUGAAUGCAGUGUGUUAGAGCCAGGUUUAUGCAUGCUUAAGAAUAGACCCAUUGAAACCAAUGGGACUUAAGUUAGUCAUGAUUAAGUGUCAUUGAUUUCCAUGGGUCCACUCUAUAACUACAUCUGGAUUAGGGGUGUUGAAGAAAUCUACAAUGGAUUCAAAGGAGUUCGGAUUUCCAUGAAUCCGACCUGUGUAUUCUGAAUCAGAUUGUCUCUUUCCAUAUCAUGCAGAUUCUGUGGAAUUGUUGACUGGUUUUUCACUUUUGGAGGGAAUUUGUACUAAUGUGUGUUAGCGCUAAUGCUAAUGUGCAUUAGUGCUAUAGUGAAAUAGUGCAAGUAGAAUGCAAAUCAGUAAAAAAUAAAAUAAAAAUCCAACCCCAUCAAUGAGCAGAUGAUGUCAUGAAAGAUCCUUGACAAUCCAUGAAACACAGACAGAAUAGAUUUAACCAAAUCUAUGAAUUCUUAAUCUGGAUCCAACAGUGUUUAACACUGCAGUGAUGAAAAGAUAGGCCCGAGUGCUUUGAAGUAUAGAUCUGCGGUGGAGUUGUGUGGUAGGUUCUUCUGUUUUGUUAGUUCAUAAGAAGCAAUGGGCAUCCUGAAGACAGAAUGUUUGGGACUGCCUGAUGUGAUUGGUUCCUUUUCUGUUUGGCUGAUACAGAGCCUCUAAAGGGGAGGGAGGAAUUAUGGGGAAAGAGCACUGGCAGAUUCUGAACCUGGCCUUUGACUGACCUUGCUGUGGUUGGUACAGAAUUUUACUUUUGUGUCUAUUUGAGGUUUGCCUUGAUGAAUGUAAAGUGCCUGGGACUGACCCACGGAACUGUAUCCGACUACAGAGGAAGGACAGAGGCCUCAGUCCAAAAUACCUGGCAUGCAGUACCAGCCAACAGACUCACCGUUGCACUCCAGACUGUCUCCUCUGCCAGAUUAUCGGCAUCAACAGCAUCAAUGCUCACCCUGUUAGAUGAGGGGAGCCUUUAAAUGCCCAGCAACUUGGCUGAUAAGUGCUGUCAGUUCCUAUAGUACAAGUCAUCUGCUGGGCAAUAUACAUGCAAUGCACCACUCUCCUGUGUGCAUCCCAGUUGAAUGUGCAGCUUUGUUUGGGCAAGCCCAUGUCUAGUGAGUGAUCAAGCUGGCAACCACUCUCAUCUGGAGUGCUCUCCAUAGGUUUCAAAAUCAUGUAUGUAGGUGCUUCUGGAAAGCACCUAGUGUGAUCCUGUGACUGGAAUCUUAAGAGUGUACCAUCAUUUUUGUAUUUAGGGUCUCCCUGUCCUUCGGUGGGAAGAGUAUCCAGGUAUUUAUGUGAAGCACAAAAAUGUGAGGUGGGAAGUCAGACUAGCUGUAUGAGGCGGAGUCUUGGGAUGAUUAUUAGAACAGGCACAUCCCAUUGGUUGAGAAAGACCUGAACACCACCAGGAAGGUUUGACUAUACGAAGAUCCCCUACAGCUAGUACUACCAUCAAACUAGUCCACAAUGUGUGGGCUAUAUUGUAUUAAGCACAGAGCACGAUCAAACGAGGAGGAGGAUGCUUGGCGACGGGUUGUUGUUUUUAUCAAACUGAAGCUUUACUGUGUGCCGAUAUUCUACAUGAGGAAAGUUAUUUACUAACUAACCUAGAGUUCAACUAUCUUUCAAUCAGGUGUGAAUCCUUCCUGCACUGUAUUAAUAGCGAUUUACUUACAAGCUUGAAGAUUCACAAGAGCCAACUUUGGGUAAAUAAUCAUUAUUAGAGUAAAACCUUGGGCUCAAAAGAAUGGGGGUAGAGCACCAAUAGGCAUUUGGCAAUUAUUUUUCUUUGUUCUGCUUUUCAGGUCUGAUAGAAACUCCCUAUAUCUGGGGCAUAAAAAGUUGUUUUUAAUAUUUGAUUUUUUUUUUAAAUCCACAUAUCCUUUUCCCACUGAUAGAAGACCUGUAUGGUUGAAAUGUGUUUUGGGGCUUUUGUUUGAAGUUUGAUGUAUGUGGACUAUUCUGUUUAAAUUUCAAAGGAAAACUGCUACAGCGGGUGUCUUUGGGCCAUCUUUUUAUGCCAAUGAAGAAACUGGGGGCUGCAGGAUCUGCUGCUAGUCCCACUAUAGACCAUAUGCACUGUGACUUAUAGAAAACAUGUGUGCCUUAGCUACAUCAGCCCAACAGCCUUUUCCCCUGCCUAGCUAAAAGCCAUUGAUAAAAAUUUCUUACUCCAAUAGAUCUCUUAUCUAUGCUGCCUUUCACAUAAAUCAGCAGUUCUUGGCAGCUGUCCAGAUCAAAGGGGGGCAUGCUAAUAAUGUGCCUUGGGUCAGGUCCCUGCUAGACUGGCCUUUGACUACAGUAGUGGGAUGCUGGGACUAAUACUUCUCUGUGCCCUUUUCUCUAAUGUUCUUACUGCAAUUGUUAAAAAUUUGGAUCCAGCAUAGAUACGAGGCCAAACAUAGCGGGAAGGCAAUAUAGUCUCAUGGGGCAGCAACUAAAGGGUGGGUGGGUUCUCCUGUAUAUACUGUAUAUAGAAUGCUUUUUGUUUUAUUUUGCCCCAGCUCUGUUGAAGAUAGGUUGUGUGUACAUGCAUGUUUUUCCCUUUUGAAAAAUGGCUUCUCACAGCUCGCUAUUUCUGAGGUUCUGAUGCCUCAGCUACCUACAUACUUCCUUGGAAAUCAGAACUAUGCAACUGAAAAGCAGAACUUGCCUUAAGAAAGGAAGGUGAUUUUUAAUCAGGUGGCAUCUUGCAUUUGUAAAAUAUUGGCUUCCUUUGCAUGGUGCAUCAAGAUGCUGUUUGAUGUCAUCACCCUGGAUUCCCCAAACACCUGACCAUCAUCUUGUUUUCAUAGGUGUUUAUGUAUAUAUAUAAAAUUGGGAAAACAUCUCCUCCACUUUCAUGGUUAAAAUGGAUGAACAUGUAGACCUAGCUCUGGUAUAUGUGCACUCAGUACACAUAGUAUACUUGAGAUCCGUGCCCAGAAAUGGAGUUGUUAACCCCUUCCCUCUCCCACCAGUUCCUUGAAGGCAAAAGAAAAAAGCUAGAGAUCAACUCUGGUGAUUAUUGCAAACUUUAGAUAAAACUACUGCUAAUUUGCCAGCCUGCUCUGUCUCUUAAGAGGCCUGGCGCUGUUCCCCAUCAAAUGAACACAUUGGAUGUAAAAUGUGCAGCCUUUUCUCAUGUCUGCAUGACAAGUUGCACCUGCUAAAAUUCUGUCUUCUUCUAUACAACUAUUAAAAGUAGAGGACCCUUGUCUUGCUUUAUAUAUGCUAACUUCAUGGCAUUACCCAAGUAGAUCUUGUUCAGAUUGUCAACAAAGUAUGACUUCCCCGCCACCUCCAAAGAGAGUAAGAACAAAUAUAAUUAGAAAGCAGAAUCUGUUGCCCAGUUUAGGCAUGCUCAACUUUGUACUUAACUCAAUGCAUAUUUUCUAAUUCUGAGCAGACUAUUUUGUGUUACUAAAUAAA